AUGGUCUAUGGUCUACUGUUUGUGCCACUGACGCUCGUUGUACUUCGAGAUCUCGGUCAGUGGGCACUUGUGCACACAACAAAAAUCUACGCUCGAUUGCUGAUCAUGUUCAGAAGGGCCAGAGGACAUGAGGAGACGAAAGAUGACGAGUUGAUUAAUCUGCCAAUAAAGUUCUGCAUGGGCAUUAUGCUGUGUUAUCUGCUAUUUGCUAGUCUGUUUAUCUACGAGUACGAUGCGCUAUCGGGUCCUCCUGAUUCUGGCAUGGAUUUCUUCCACUCUUUCUACUUUUCGUUCAUUUCAAUGACCACCAUUGGUCUCGGAGAUAUCAUG